UUUGUAACAAAAGUCAAAACAUCAGUGAGAUAAAAAGAAAAGAAGAAAUAUUCGCUUAAUGUCUACCUAAAACCCUGGAGUAAAUUCUACAUGAUUCAUUGUUAACAUUACUUAUGUAUACGUAAAUAUUAAAAAUGAAAAUGAAUCGGAAAAAGCGGGAUUUUCUUCUGAGUUACGUUGUUUCGAUCAAGUGCGAAAGAAUGGAUUCAAAAAAUAAUAGUUCACCAAUAUCAUAAAAGUGCUGAUGGAACAAUAAAAAUCUUCUAGGUUCCCAAAACAAUAAACAUCAAACAAUUCGUGUUGCUAGAGGUGUGAUAAUCGUUCCCGAUGCCUCUAAGCCUCAGACUCCGUGAUAAAACGUCAUGUAUGAUAUGCUGUCUGAAUUCAGAGUAUCGGAAUUCGAUUCAAUCGUAGAUAUAUUAAGAUUGACUCCAAUUGAUCCCUUAGAUACAUUUGGUGAAAUGUGGUAUCCUGUAUUUUUGUGGUCCUUGUGCUCUUCCGUUUUUGUACAUACUUGUGCAGCUUUAGUAGCAUUUGGAACACUAAGAAAACAUAAAUAUGGUAAAUUUUUUCCAGUGCUUCUUAUAGUGACAGGUGUUAUGAGUCCCAUUACAUCUGGAGUUGCAAGUAGUGCUGCAAUUGCAUUCAUAUAUCGUGCAGCCAACUUGACUAUGCCUCCAAUACACGCUAUGAUAUGGGGCAUCGGACAAACUCUUUUAGGUGCAGGAAUUGGUUUUACAAGAAUAUUAGCUACCCUAUAGAGUUAAUAAAAUGUCUUUUUUUAUGAGCCAUACAUGUCAAUUAAAGUAGAUUUAAUGAGAUCAAGAUGAAUGGUGCUAAGUUGCAUGUUAAGUACACUUUUCAUAUUAUUUUAUAAAUGAAUGUGAGGUUAGCUUUAGUCUGUAUGCUUGUAUUUUUCUAAUACUGGUUAAUGUGUGUCACUUUUUAUGUAGUUAAGUAGAUAAUUUUGUAUAAAUCUGAUAAUUAUUAUGUAAUAUAAUAUUUUUACUGUGUACAAUUGAAAAUGUUUGAAAUAUAAGCUAGAAACAAUUAGUAAUAUCAAAAUAUCCAAUUUUAUGGAAAAAUAAUAUAAUUGUUUAUUUAAAAUGUUUAAUAAAUAGCAUUCCAUAAUAA